GCGCGCGCGGCAGCAGUUGGACUGCGGCGGGCGACUCUUCGUCAGCCUCUUUGUAGGCGUCCCUCCUCACCGCUUCUCUACCUCGCGCAGCAUGUCGGGCCGCGGCAAGACUGGCGGCAAGGCCCGGGCCAAGGCCAAGUCGCGCUCGUCGCGCGCCGGCCUCCAGUUUCCAGUGGGCCGUGUGCACCGGCUGCUGCGGAAGGGCCACUACGCCGAGCGGGUCGGGGCCGGCGCGCCGGUGUACCUGGCGGCCGUGCUCGAGUACCUCACCGCGGAGAUCCUGGAGCUGGCGGGCAACGCGGCCCGCGACAACAAGAAGACGCGGAUCAUCCCCCGCCACCUGCAGCUGGCCAUCCGCAACGACGAGGAGCUCAACAAGCUGCUGGGCGGCGUGACGAUCGCCCAGGGAGGCGUCCUACCCAACAUCCAGGCCGUGCUGCUGCCCAAGAAGACCAGCGCCACCGUGGGGCCGAAGGCGCCCGCGGGUGGCAAGAAGGCCAGCCAGGCCUCCCAGGAGUACUGAGGGGCGUCCGCGCCGCAGCCGGCCCUCCAUGCCACCACAAAGGCCCUUUUAAGGGCCACCA